AUGGCCGACAGUAGCGCACAAUCCCCUCCCAUCCCUCUCGCCAGCCCUGUACGCCUGCUCGACGUCAUGAGCCUAGCGCAGUACGACAAGAGAGGGAACACCCCCGCGCCAUCGCCCGCCGAGUUGAACCUCAUCGCUGGCAUGAAGUACGCAGGGAAGAAUGAGUGGGAAUCGGCUGAGAAGAAGCUGCUUGUAUCGAGAGAUGAGGCCCUCUCGACCGCCGAUUGCGAACCCGAGCCGCUGGCGAUCGCCCACAGCGCGCUGGGCUACGUCUAUGCGCACACAAGGGAUUUCGACAGGGCCAUCGAUAACUACCUCCAAUCGCUGCAAGUAUGGGAGCGAGUGUACAAGAAUCCGGCGGAUCCCAGGCUCGCUGAAUUCCUCAGCGACAUCGCGCUCAUUUUCCAGCUCAAGGGCGACGAUGCCAAGAAGGCCGAGUUCGAGAGCAAAGCAGCUGCGGUCAAGAAGUAG